AUGGAGGGAGACACGGGCGUCACGAAGCGCAAGAAGCGCCGGUUGGAGCAGCUAGAGGCCAGCCUUGCCAGCCGGCCGUCCCAGGGCCCGCCCGGGCGACCUGCGGGGGCGGCACAGAAGCGCAGCGGGUCCAAGGUGAAGAAGCGCGCGACGCAGGGCGAUGGCGCCGAGACCGACCCCGCGAAGCCCCCGGCACGCCCCCAGAGAGGCAGCGCGCAGCAUCCCACGUCCGCGCCGCCGCCAGACGCGCCCGGCGCGGGCCCGCCCCCGCCGCACACCGACAUCGUCUACCGCGCGCUCCCUCCGAGCGUGCUUCCCGGCCCGCUGAGGUCCACCCUCGGCCUCAGCCCCCCAGAUCGGGAUCCGUCCGCCGCGGUGUCGUCGUUCCUCGAGUCCCUGAUGGCGCGCAACCUCAGCGCCGCCGAAGCCCGCACCGCCGUCGGCUCCAAGGUCGCGGAGCGCCAGGUCCUCCUCGACAACCCCACGGCUGGGCUCCGGCGCCCGCAGACGACGCGGUUCGCGCGGCACGUCCGCGCCAAGCCCCUCAGCGCCGCGGCAGCGCGCAAGCUGCGCGUGCUGCCGUCGCAGCAGCCGGCCGGCGCGGUGCCCCCCGCGGCGGUGACGGCCCUGCGCGAGGCGUGGCAGAUCUACAUCGCGCGGCUGCUCGACGGCGCGCAGGCCCCCGGCGCACGCCUCGCGAAAGCCAGCCUCUGUGGGGCUGACAUCAGGGUGGAGGGGUCGCGCGACGCACAGCGGGUCGGGGUGGCGGGGACGGUGGUGCGGGAGUCGCGGAGCGCGCUGAGCGUGGUGGACGCGGACGGGCGCGUGCGGUGCGUGCCGCUGCGCGGGUCGACGCUGCUGGUGAGGCUCGCGCGCGGGCGGACGGCGCGGGUGCACGGGGACGCGCUGGAGGCGCUGCGGAGCGGCAAGGCGAAGAAGUGA